UAGAUCUCAUCAGGCACUAGCAGGUUGUUCCUUGGCCGUUUCUGCACGCUGAAAACCUCCCCGUCUUUCCUUUAAAGGGGGACGAUCUUGAGAUAUCACCAUUGAAUUGACCGGGCCCCAGAUGGAGGAUGCCAAGCGGCAGAAGCAACAGCAGGGGCGAGCAUUACAUCAGCAGCAGCAGCCUUCUCACCAGCAGCAACACAGUCAAAAGAGGCAGAAUCCUUCGUCUCUUGCACCCCCUGGACCUCCAGCGUUGCAUUAUCCCGGAGGAGGGGGCGGUACCUCUGGUCAGGGGCAGUGGCAUCAGCAGCAAGGUAAUCGACCACCUCAACAGGGUCAGCAGGUUGGAUACGCAAGAAGUGCGUAUGCUGGUGCAUAUGGUGGUGGUGCUGGAACUGCUCCUGGUGCUGGUAACAUAGUCAGAGGCAGUUAUGCAGUUCCUGGCAAUUACGGAGCUGCCGUUCCGUAUGGUGGUAUAGCAGGCCGUGCACCAGGACAUCCAUCCUCUGCCGGUCGCGGGUUGCCUUAUGGGCCUGCAGUUGGCCCCAGUGCUCCCUCCCAAGCUCAAGGAUCGGGAUAUCCCCAAGGACGGGCGUAUAUACAACAGUCAGCGCAGUAUGUUGAUAUCGACGGCGCAUACGCACGAGCUGCCCACAAUGGACGGAUGGGGGACUCAUGGCAGCAGAGCAGCCAGUGUCAUGGGACGCAACGGACAGUCUUGGGCCAAGACUGCAAUAGAGGACAGCAGUCACAGAGGAUGAUGGGCAAGAUGAAGUGGACCGUGGAGGUGAUCAACUACUUUGCAAAUCUUAUCGCAAUCCACGUGGAUGGGAUAAGUGGUGAUGACGAGCAGGAUGAAAAAGACGCCGUCAACUUUGACACUCAUGAUGACGUCUGGCAAGGAGAGGAAGAUGGGCGAGAUGAGGUGGAUGCGGUCAAUUACUUUGCAAAUCGCUGCGCAACCUACGUGGAUGGGCAGGCCACUGAAGACAGGGAAUAUGCUGCCCUUCAUGACGCGGACGAGUGGGGGGGGAAGGUGGGGGAGGUGCGGCGGAUGGCUUCGAUAGUGGAGAUGAGAGAGGACGAUGUAAGUGACAACAACACUAACAACACCAACACCAACACCAACACUACCACCACCAACAACAAAGACGAUGGAAACAACAACAUGAUUGAGAUGGGAGAGAAAGACGACAACAACCUCCUGUCUGAGGUAGGGUUGAUGACCACGACUAAGAUGGACGAGACGGGAGUGAACGAUGUCAGCAACAACAACGACAACGCGGGUGUGCGGGUGGGGGAGGUAGGGUUGAUGACUACGGCUGAGAUGGAUGAGAUGGCAGAGAAUGACGCCAACAACAAUAAUACCUAUAACAACAACAACGCGGGUGUGGAGGUGGGGGAGGUAGGGUUGAUGACUACGGCUGAGAUGAAUGAGAUGGGAGAGAACGACGUCAACAACAACAACAACAACAACAACAACAACAACAUGACUACGACUGAGAUGGACGAGAUUGGAGAGAACGACGUCAGCAACAACAACAACAACGAGAUGGGGGAGAACGAUCACAGCAUCAUCAACAACAGUGAUACCAACAACAACGGUGAGCAGGGUUGGGGGGCGAGGGGCGAGGAGGGUGAGAAGAACGACAUUGACAACAACAACAAUGGUGAUAACCGCAACAACAAUAACAACCAUAGCAAUAACAACAACAAGAACAACAACAAUCAUGAUAACGACGGCGGCAACAAUCGAGGGAGCAAUGGGGUGGCGAGUGGGAUUUGUGUAUCUAAGCUCCCUAUUUUUUUCAUGAGAAAGAUGUCGUCAUCGCCACUGUGGGUGGAAAUUUGUAGCUUCUUGAGGCGAACAAAGUGGGGUUUGAGGUUGAAGAUAAGAUUUGUUGCUCCCCCCCACCCCUACCCGGCGCUUUCUUAUGCUGAUUGUCUCUGUUUCAGGCACCGGGCGGGGAUAGGAUAGAUGACGUCUCUACCAAGAUUAGAGUUGAUUGCCUCUCAUUUAUCAACUCUUAAUCGUGAUAGGAUUGCUGAGCAUAACGUUCUG